AUGCUGUGCCGCGGGUUCGUCCUCUGCCUCGCCGUAGCAGCCGUCACCGCUGACACCCUCACCAGCUUCAAGAUCCUAGAUAAAAUAAGUGGACAGUGCGGGAAAUACCCUUCAAAGGAUAUCCUCACUUGUUUUAAGUUCCAAGCUGCUAAGUUCGUAGAUCGAGCGGCCAGAUUGGAGUCUCUGCCGAUUGCCGAUGGCGUCACCUUAGUACGGAGACCGGAAGCGGAAAGAGCGUUUCCCUCUUCAUCGCCGGAAGGAGAUUUGAAUUCUUUAUCAUCUGACCAAGUGGACAAGUAUUUACAGGAUGCGACCUCGAAGUUGAUGCAGACGCAUCGGGUGGUCAUUGCCCCUCAGACCUUUGGAGAAGACGUUGGUAGAUCUAUCAAUGAAGCUAGAGGCAAGCUGAAGAAGAUGAUGGGGCCAAUUAUCGCUGGUCUUGCGAUCAAGGGAGGCUUCGUAGCGAUUGCUUUCCAAGCAAUAGCUCUUAUCGCUGGAAAGGCGCUGCUCAUAGGAAAAAUCGCUCUACUGCUGUCAGCUAUCAUCGGUUUGAAGAAGCUAGUCGCCGGAGGAGACACCCACGAGAAAACGACGUAUGAGAUCGUUAAACAUCCGCAGGUAUCUCAAAGUCAUACGUACUCUUCUUCCCAUUACGGCAGUGAUUUCGACAGCACCGGUCCAGGAGGACACUAUAGGAGGAGCGUGGAAGAUGAGGCAGCAGCCCAAGAUAGAGCGUAUAGAGCCUACGCUACGAAGCAAUAG